AUGUCGAGCGAUGGCGAACCAACCGUCGCCGUGAAGCUGUUCAUCGACAAGGAGAAGAAAAAGGUGCUGUUUGCGGAAUCCAACAAGGACUUCGUCGACGUCCUCUUCAGCUUCCUCACCCUGCCUCUUGGCACCAUCGUCCGUCUCUUCGACAAGCAGUCGCAGGUAGGAUGCCUCGACGAGCUGUACAAGAGCGUGGAGGUCCUCGGCCCGGACCACUUCCAGACCAAGGCGUGCAAGGCCAUGCUUCUAAGCCCCCUCAAUGCUGCAGCAAUCCGUUGCAAUCGGCUUAAAGUGAAAGUUGUCGACAAAAACCCAAUGUAUCGCUGCAAAAAUACUAGCUGCGGGCAUUCAACAUUCAGCUCUGUCCCUGAUGCUAUUUGCAGUUGUGGACAUGUUGUUGAGUACAUCGGGGAAUGGACGAACAAGAAAUGUUAUCCUCCUGUUGCUGCAGACAAGGAGGAUGCAGUUUUUGUCAUUGGCGUUGCGAAGUUCAUCGUAACGGAUGAUCUCCAAGUUGCUCCUGCCUCCACAAGAGUAAUGUUUUCCCUGAUUGAAAAAUACGGUAUACCGGAAAAAGUGAACAUUCAGGAGAAGGUGCUCCAGCUCAAUUCUGCCAAGAUGAUUGGUUUAUUCAGGAGAGCGCUGCUGACGAAGCAAGUCUUAACCGGACUUUAUUUUGAUGUUGCUAUCCCGCCAAAUGCUGCAGACAUGUGUGUGCUCCCUGACAAUAUGUUUGCAAAACAGGCACUUGAGACCGAUCCCAAAUUCAAAGCCAUCAAGAUAAGGCUUGUUCAUGCAAAGGAUGAUUCAGUGCUGUAUGCUGAAGUUGGGCAAGAUUUCGUUGAUCUAGUCUUUGGAAUCCUCACCACUCCACUUGGAACCAUGCUCAAGACUUUCACCGAGUUACCUCGGAUCGGAUGGAUAUUCUGCUUGAUCAACACCCUCGAGUUCCUGCGCGCAUCCAAGGUUCCCAAGGACAAGCUUGUGGAGAAAGAACUCACGCUCAACAAAACCCAGGUUAUGAAGCUUGUGGGAGCUGCAUUUGGGACGAGCAAAGCACUCAGCAGCGUGCUCAUGCCUUGUAAGAAGUAG